UUAUUUAUCAUUAAGAAAUAGGGAGCAUAAAACUAUCAGAAAGCUGCGGCUGCCGCUGCAGAGCUCAGAGAUUACAGAGAUUCAAAGAAGAAUAGGGUUGGGGUAUAGGGUUAGGCCUACGUAGCCGACCCGCCGUCUGAAUAUUGUCGUCCUCAACACAACACUCUCUUCAGUCUUCCCCUUCCCUUAAAAGCUGUUUUGUUUCUCUCUCUCAUUUCAAUCUCUCUCUCUCUCUCUCUCUCUUCUUCCCCUUAUAAUCCCCAUUUCCCCCCUUCCCUCUCUCUGUAUUUCCAUUUUCAAUUUCCCCUGUUUCUCUUCCUUUGAUCACUUUCCUUCAGUUUCCCAUCUUCUUCAUUUUACCUCUCUGUUCUUGGGUUUUUUUCCUUCUUGAUUUACUCUGUUCUCAAUGCCUUCCGACGCCGGCGACCACCGCAAGACCGCCACCAAGCCUUUUGGCUCCGGCGGUAGUGUUUGCCCUCCGCCGGAGCAAGAGCACCUUCCUUGCCCACGUUGUGAUUCCACUAAUACUAAGUUCUGUUACUAUAAUAAUUAUAAUUUCUCUCAGCCAAGACACUUUUGUAAGUCAUGUCGUCGUUAUUGGACUCACGGUGGUACCCUUCGCGAUAUUCCCGUUGGUGGUGGCAGCCGGAAGAAUGCUAAACGUUCUCGUACUUGUAUGCCGGCGUCUGCGGCGGUUGUUUCUUCUUCAUCUGGGUCGUUUACUAACUCUGUUUCUCGCCUGGAUCAUCACUCGCUACCGACGACUCCGGUGCUGGUGCCUCUUGGCGGUGGAGUCGGAGGGGACUUGAAGGUGGGCGGUGGGAAUAUGUGUGGGAGCUUUACGUCGUUGUUGAACACACACGCGCCUGGGUUUUGGAGUUUGGGUGGGUUCGGGCUUGGGCUCGGGUCUGGGUUCGAGGAUGUGGGCUAUGGGGCGGCUAAUUCUAGGGUGGCUUGGCCGUUUCUUGGAUUGGGUGACGGUGGCGCUGCCGUCGGCGGCCACGGCGGAACCCCGAACACGUGGCAGUUUGAGAAUGGAGACGCCGCCGGAUUUGUCGGGGCUGCCGAUUGUUUGUCUUGGCCGGAAUUGGCAAUUUCCACUCCGGGGAAUGGGCUCAAAUGAUAUAUUUUUUAAAAAAAUCUUUUAGUUUUUUUUUUUUUUUUUUUUGGGGUAGUGAGAAAUGUGGGUUAAAAGGUUAAAAUUCUGUGUUGGGGGGGAGUAAAAUCAGAAACUUGAAUUAGGAAGAGAAGUACAACUUUAUUUUUAUUUUUAUUUUCAUUUUCUUUUCCAUUUUCGCGUCUACGAACUUUGUGCUGUGUGAAAUCUUCUUCUUUUUUUUUGUUAUAAAUAUGUUCUGUAAUUUUA